AUGGCCGAGACAAAGCGCAGUUUGCGGAGGUGGACUGUUAUCCUUGUGUAUUUCCUUGUGGUGUUGGUCGUUCUGCUUCUUAUUGUACGCGUAGACGUGGGAUCCUGGCUUCAUUUGGGGGACGUUCACUCUGAUGCCACUACCAGCGUUAUCACCCUAGAGUCGCCACGCCGCGAAGAUGCCACUAGCCGUGAUGAGUCGCUGCAAUAUGUCCCACAGAAUGUAGUGCGUGCGUGGUCCGAGCGUGACUACCUGAUUGUGUUUGGCAUCCCAUCUGUGGACAUCGAUGUGAGGCGGAGGCGCCGUUACCUGCAGCGCUCGACGUGCUGGCGGUUCCCCGGUGUGGCGACGAGAGCAAACAACUUCACCGGCGCGAUGCUGGUGCUGUACGUCUUUGGGCGGCACCCGUCGCACAACUUCACGUACUCCGCGUCUCUUCAGCGUGAGGCGGCGGAGUGGCACGAUGUGAUUGCGCUGCCGAUGAAUGAAGGGCGCCCGUUCACGAACGGGGCGGCAGGUUCCUCUGGCUAUUGGAACAUAGAGGUUGGCGUCGGCUUGAGCCGCAAGGUGUUCGUGUGGUUUGAGUUGGCACUGCGUCUCUUUCCCUAUGGGAUGUACAUCGCGAAGGGCGACGACGACAUGAUUCUGCGUGUUCCGCAGUUCCUUGCCGACCUGCGCACGCUGCCUCGUCGAAGGGUGUAUUGGGGAACGAUAUACAUACCAAGAGUCUGGAGAAACAACACAUCGGUAAGGUUUCCUUUCGCAUUCGGUGCGUGCUACACCCUGUCACGUGACGUUGCCCAUCAAUUUGUGUCCUAUGGGCCGUUGGAGCGCUUAGUGCGUAUACCAUAUGCCAAGGAGCUAGAUACCCAGUAUGUUAAUAUGGAGGUUCACUCUGAAGAUGCAAUGGUUGGGCUUGCAUUGAAGAAAUCUGGAUAUGCCCGGCGGUUGGUGCUUGUAAGGGAACCGCGCUGCUCCUUCCAUGAUAUUCAUAGCGGACCUGCGAUGGGGUUUGUUCAGUCUAGCUCUGUUAUGGUGCAUCACUUAUGGGAGAGUGACUACGAAGAGUUGAUGAGACGAUUCCGUAAUGUUAGUCGAACUGUUCCAAGGCACCGUAAGAUUAUGCGACGUCGAAUCGAAUUCGUCUGCUGA